AUGAAAUCUUCAAGCUGGCUGGCAACUUUAAUUAGAAGUAUUGAGCGAUUAUAUCCAAGAUCUCUAUCAGAUCUUUCAUGGGAUAAUACAGGGCUUUUGUUAGAGUCGCCUGUAAAAAAUCCGGAUCGAAAACGAGUUCUUUUAGCUAUAGAUCUGACUACAGCAGUUGCAGAGGAGGCACUUACAAUGUAUCCACCAGUAGGGGCUAUUGUUGCUUAUCGUGAGUGUUUUGAAUCUAUAUAUUCAGGAUAUAUUGAGUGGAGUGAAGAUCCUAUUAUUUUUAAUCCCAUCAAGUCAUUGACAUUGAGUGAUCCUCAACAAAGAACAUUACUUCGUUUAGCAGCAUCUGGAAUUAGUGUUUAUUCUCCUCAUACAGCAAUGGAUGCAGCAGUAGGUGGAAUUAAUGACUGGCUAGCAGAUGGUAUUUGGGACAAUAAAUGUAUUGAAAGGACAGUUAUUCGCCCUUCAGAAUCUGUAGAGGGUAAUGAAAAAUUUGGUAAUAUGACUGGUAUGGGGAGGAUGAUUCGUUGGAAUGAGCCUAUUUCAAUCAGUACUUUAGUAAAAAGAAUCAAGAAGCAUUUAAAAUUAGCUCAAAUACGAUUGGCUUUAUCAGAAAAGCAUAGAAGAGAAGGAGGAAAUUGUAUAUAUAAAAUUGGAAUUUGUGCUGGUUCAGGUGGUUCUAUUCUAAGAAAUGUACAUGCAGAUGUAUUAUUUACGGGGGAACUGAGUCAUCAUGAUAUAUUACAUGCAACUGAAAAAGGAUCUUCUGUUAUUCUAUGUGGUCAUUCCAAUACAGAAAGAGGGUUUUUGUCUUGUGUAAUGAAAAAAAAACUUCAAGAUGUUCUUUAUGAUGAAUUUUCUGCUAUGCAAGAUGAUCAACUCUUGUUACCAGAAGUCGUAGUGAGUGAAGCUGACAAAGAUCCAUUGGAAGUGGUAUAA